AUGGGCAAGAAAAAGUCAAAAAGCGACUACAACGACUUUCUAGAUGGCGAGAAGCUGCGCGACAAUACGGAAAUCAGGACGUCGCUUCAAGGAUCUGCAACGCAAGACUUUUCAUCUGCACCUACCAGCCAGUAUGCACGAGGAAGCAAGAAGAACGGCAAGGGUGGAGCAAAGAAACCUCUGCUCACCCACUUUUUGUGUCUGCCACUUGUUACAGACGCCAGUAGGCCGCAGCUCCAAGAAGGACUGGAUCAGUUCAAAAAGGACCUAGCGAGCGAUAGCCCAGUACCUACCAAGGCGGUGCGACCGGUAGGUACACUUCAUCUCACCUUGGGAGUAAUGAGCCUGGAUGCAAAGGAGCUGGAAAAGGUCAAACAGUAUCUGGAAGACUUGGACGUACACAAUCUACUCCGCGACAUUAGCCACCGUCACAUAGCUGAAAAGGCUGCCGAGGACGGGAUAAUAGGAGAAAACCUUGUUCCUGCAGCCAUGCCAGAUACCGAUGCCUUGACCAUUGACGUAGAAGCCCUGGUGCCGAUGCAAGCACCAAACAAAACGAGUAUCCUCUACGCUGAGCCUCGAGAUCCAUCGCAACGUCUACCUUUGUUUGCCUCUGCAUUGAGAGAGAAGUUCACAGAAGCAGGACUCCUAGUCGCAGAUACAAGACCAUUGAAGCUCCACGCUACCAUCAUGAACACAAUCUAUGCAAAGCCCAAGCGGGGGAGAGGACGAUCGAAACCAUCGAAAUUCAAACAAGGGCUGAAGCAUAUCGAACACAAGGUUUCACCUCACCAUCGACAGGACGGCGACGCUCACCACGACCAAGACGAUGACGAAGAUGCAGCAUCAACGGUGGGCUCGGUAGAUGCAGAUCAAGACCAAGCCCCACCCACAACAGGCGAAGGUCAUGGUCCCGAUGGAAAGAGCUGGAUGCGGUUUGACGCGACAAAUCUGAUUGACAAGUACAAGGGCUUUGUAUGGGCGCGCCAUGUGCGCAUAGAUAGAGUGUGUAUUUGUGAAAUGGGUGCCAAGAAGAUUUGGAGUGGGUCGCAUGAGGGCGACGGAGAGAUCCUGGAUGAGCAGUACAAAGCUGUUGCCGUGAAGGGUAUAUUUGAGUGA